GUUUGGGGGGGGGUCUAUGGCGGCCCGGGGAGGUGCGAGGGUGCGGGCCCUCUACUCCUGCGAGCAUUGGGAGAUUGUGAAGCCGUCUGUCAGCGAGCUGUCCCGGGAGGUCCGCACCAAUAUUCUGUGCACUGUAAAGGGAUGCGGUAAAGUGCUCCCCAACCCCCCCGCGCUCAACAUGCAUUUGGUCAAGUCCCAUGGAGUGCAGGAAGGAAUAUCCAAUCCCACACUACGGAAAGACUUAAAAGCAUCACAGAAACUAUACUGUUGUCCGGUUGAGGGUUGUCCAAGAGGCACAAAUAGACCCUUCUCACAGUUUUCUCGUGUUAAGCAGCACUUUAUGAAAAUGCAUGCGGAGAAAAAGCACAAAUGUGAAAAAUGUGGAAGCUCCUAUGGCACAGAAUGGGACUUAAAGCGGCAUAUUGGGUACUGUGGAAAGACUUUUAAGUGCACCUGCGGAUGUCCUUACACCAGCAGAACUGCCCUCUUAUCGCAUACUCACAGAAUGGGUCACGAAGUUCCCCUGGAACACAGGGACCCUCCUGUAAAGAAAAGAAAACUGGAUGCAUUAAAACAGAACCAGAAAGCUGUGAAUUCGGAGUGUGCUGUCAAAAACGAUCAGCCUGAAGCAGUUAUGACUUUUGACCAGCAGAUGGCAGAGUUAAAGGCAUCACCUGCAAGUGACACUUACAUUGCAUCCUAUGUUACAGGGGACACUCCUCUACAGCCAAGUCAAGCACAAAAACUCUUGUUACCAAAGCCUAAGUUAGCAGUAGUUAAAUUACCAGUCAUGCAGCUGGCUCACCUGCCUGUCCUAGUCCCGGCCAGCGACUGUCCUAUGAAACCUGUAGUGGUAGCGGUUAAUAGUCGUGGACCAGUCAUAAGUACAUUGCAAUUCGUACCUCAUAAUGGAACAGUCCUGCCAAGUCUGGGUGCUGAGACGUCAUCUAGUAACCUCCCUCAAGCUGGUUGUCUAGGAGCUGCUAAUUCUUAUGUACAAGUCAAUAUGGGGAGACUAUCGCCCAAUGACUCUCACUCAAAUUCCAAUGGUAUGUUGCCUAAAGGCAAAAUCACAUCUGAUGUUCAAACGGACUUAUCCUAUUUUACCCCCAGUAUUUUACCCAGUACUUCUUGGGCUGCCAAUGAGUCUAGCAUUUCAUCUUCUUCCCAAACAGACUUGUCCUUUACUGCCCAGAUGACUUUGCCCAUCAGUGUAGAGACUCAAACACUGCAGGACUAUUCUUCUUUUGCCCCCAAAUCUCAUCCAGAGGUCUCCGAGGUCAGUCCUUGUCUCAGUUGUGGAAUCUCUCGGGAGACUCAAACGAGCAGUGCCUCACUGCUGAGAGAGAACCCAAUGCUGGUGGACCAGGCAGUCAGCUGUGAUAAUAUCUUCAAUAACACGAAUUCCUUUUACACUGUGUCUACACAAACAAGCCAACCAGACAGUACCUACAUCCCAGGAACCUUGGGGCAAAAUCUACUGAGUGCAGAUGCCAUGAAGGACAUCAGGGUGGAGGAAAUGAAAGCUCCCUCUUUCAUUAAUUUCAACACACAAAAUGGGACCUUCCCACCCCAAAACAUGACUGAUAACCAAACCCAAACUAUGGAGCUGUUAAGUGACCUCGAAAAAAUCCUAUCUGACAAUAUAUCCAGCCAGCCAUUGGAUAAUCGCAAUCUGCUGUCCGCUGGAGAACCCCAUCUAUCUUCUAACUGUAACCCCCAACACCGGCAUCGAUUUUGACAUCGAUGAGUUUUUUUCAGCAUCCAAUAUCCAGACCCAGACCGAAGAGAGCAUGCUGAGCAACCUGAAUUCUGAAUAUUUGGAUAUUGAAACGCAAACCGAUUUUCUGUUUUCUAAUGACUCAACACAGUCGUUUUCAAACAAAGGCAGUUCCAAUCUGCUGGGGAUGGAAAUGUUCGAUACUCAAACCCAGACGGACUUGAAUCUCUUUCUGGACCGUAAUUCUCCCUUGCGUCUGGGCAGUCUCUUGAAACAGUCUAGCUUUUCGAUAAGCACAGAUUCUUCUGAUGCAGAAAGCCAUGCAGAUGGAGCCUCAACCAGCAAAAAUGUGCCGUGCCCUGCGCUGGAGAGCCACGUACAGCAGAACAGCGCCCAGACACAAACCACUGACAGCUGCUUUGAGACUCUUGGAAGUUUAUUUCUUACGAGCAAUGAAACCCAGACUGCUAUGGAUGACUUUCUCCUGGCAGAUCUGGCAUGGAAUACAAUGGAGUCUCAGUUCAGCUCAGUGGAAACCCAGACCUGCGAGGAGCGCUUCGCUUUGUUUUCUGAAAAAUCUGAGAACUGA